CCUGGACCCUGUGCAAGCGGCCGCGCAAGGAGGAGGCGGACGAGGAGGCAGAGCGCGGAAUGGGCGCCGAGGCGGAUCGGUGAUCCAGCACACCCCCACCCCACGCGCGCGCGCACUCACACUCUCUCUCUCUCUCUCUCUCACACACACACACACACACACACACACACACACACACACACGCACACACGCUCGUACAAACACACUCGUACACGCCCGCACCGCGCGCUCGCUGGCUGGAUCUCCCACGCAGGCAGAAUGCAGCAGAGCCCGGGGAGCGUGUCUCCAGCCACUGCCUGAAUGCAGCUCGCUCCCAGGAGCCGGAUGGCCCAGUAGGGCGCACAGGAGAUAGCUCCGAGCAAGAGCCUGGACGGUUUUAUACAGUGCAGCCUUGCUACAUGUUGUAAGAAAUGGCUGUAGGAAACAACACUCAACGAAGUUAUUCCAUCAUCCCGUGCUUUAUAUUUGUUGAGCUUGUCAUCAUGGCUGGGACAGUGCUGCUUGCCUACUACUUCGAAUGCACUGACACUUUUCAGGUGCAUAUCCAAGGAUUCUUCUGUCAAGACGGAGACUUAAUGAAGCCUUACCCGGGGACUGAGGAAGAAAGCUUCAUCACCCCUCUGGUGCUCUACUGUGUGCUGGCUGCCACUCCCACUGCUAUUAUUUUUAUUGGUGAGAUAUCCAUGUAUUUCAUAAAGUCAACCAGAGAAUCUUUGAUUGCCCAGGAGAAAACAAUUCUGACCGGAGAAUGCUGUUACCUGAACCCCUUACUCCGAAGGAUCGUAAGGUUCAUAGGGGUAUUUGCUUUUGGGCUUUUUGCUACUGACAUCUUUGUAAACGCCGGACAAGUGGUCACGGGGCACCUAACGCCGUACUUCCUGACGGUGUGCAAGCCCAACUACACCAGCAGUGACUGCCGGGCACACCAGCAGUUCAUCAGCAGCGGGAACAUCUGCACUGGGGACCUGGGAGUGAUAGAGAAGGCUCGGAGGUCCUUCCCCUCCAAGCACGCUGCUCUGAGCAUUUACUCCGCCUUAUACGCCACGAUGUACAUUACAAGCACAAUCAAGACCAAGAGCAGCCGACUGGCCAAGCCGGUGCUGUGCCUCGGGACCCUCUGCACAGCCUUCCUGACGGGCCUCAACCGGGUCUCUGAGUAUCGGAACCACUGCUCCGACGUGAUCGCGGGCUUCAUCCUGGGCACCGCUGUGGCCCUGUUUCUGGGAAUGUGUGUGGUCCAUAACUUUAAAGGAACACAAGGAUCUCCUUCCAAACCCAAACCCGAGGACCCCCGUGGAGUACCCCUGAUGGCUUUCCCAAGGAUAGAAAGCCCUCUGGAAACCUUAAGUGCACAGAACCACUCUGCCUCCAUGACCGAAGUUACCUGAGACGGCUGACGGCUCACAAGCUGUUUUUUUUUUUUUAAAUCACCCUCCAAUUCGAUACUUCAAGACACACAGUUACUUGAUGUCAAACUGUGAAGACAAGUAUUAUGUUUAUCUAGUUAGAAGCUAAUGUUUUGUACAUUUUUUUGUAUGAGGAAGUGAUGUAGCUUGCCCUGAUUUUGGUUUGUUUUUUUUUUUUUUUUUUUGGUCAGCUUUAAUAUAUUUAUGCCAGAAUUUUACACAAGUUUUUCUUCUUGUUCAGGUGUGCAUUGAAGAACCGCAUUUAUUCAAUGGUUGAUGUUGUUUUGUGAUAUUUGUACACCAGCCUUCUUUCUUCAGUUUUAUAGACACAGAAAUAAAAUUAAUAUAAUAAUUCACUUUAAUCUUUUAUUACCACAGUGGCUGCCUCCUCUGGAAUUUUUGAAUUUUAAUGAAACUUUUGAAUUGCAGGGACGGCAGUAUUGGUUAAUGGUAAAUCUCAAAAUCAACUGUGUAGAAAGAAAUAUUGGUUUGAAAAGGAACUUUGUGUUCUGAUCUCUUAACAUGUGAUUGCAUUCUAAGUUAAUGUACUAAUAAAAAUCACUUAGGUUACACAAACAAUUGGCAGGGAAUCCUGGGUGUGUCUUAGAUAAUGGCCUCUCCCAUUUAAUUCAAGAUCUUUCUGCAGUCACGUCCUUGGGCUGGCAGGUGACCCUGAAGCCUUCUUUCCAAAAAGGAAAAGCAAAAAAAGAAAAGCCACUACCAGCUUCCCCUGUCAACUCAGUUUUGUAUAUCAUAUUGUAUGGACUUUAUAUGAAAUGAAUAUUUUACAGUUUGCACAGUAUUAUUUUACAGAAAGGGUAUGAGCAUCUACAACCCGGAGCCCCGAGCAACAGCUUGACUUUGUGGCUUUUAAUUGUUCUUGAAUUUUACUUGCAUCUCAUUUUUCUAGCAUGGUAAUUAACUAACGUGUAACUCCUUUGAGAAAAGGAGCCCCCUUGUCUGUACCUAUCAGAAUGUUUUCUUGACACUUCCAUGUUGGUUCUUCUUAGCUUUUUUUGUACAUAUUUUUUUUCUAAAGAAAAAAAGUUAUCACAAAAUGUA